AACUGUCUGACCAUUACAUCCAAGACCUUUUGCCAGAGCAGAGCAUAAAGGAUUCAUUUCAAACAGUGACAAUGAGAAAAUAUGGAAGCUAUGGAGUUAAAAAUUUACACUUCAGGAAAGACUGGGAAAGUGUGGGUCAGUGUAAGAGGCAGAAGGUAUGUUACAAACUAACUCAAUGUUUGUUAAGUACCCAUAGGAAAAUCUUUGAAUGUAAUAAAUGUAUGAAAGUCUUUAGUAAGUCUUCCAAUCUAGAUACACAUAUAAGAAAUACCAUGGAGAAAGCUUUCAAAUCUAAUGAAUGUGGCAAAGCUUUUAAUCACAGCUCAAAUCUUUCUGAACAUAAGAAUAUUCAUACAGGAGUGAAACCCUACAAGUGUGAAGAAUGUGGCAAAGUCUUUAAGCAGUGCUCAACCCUCUCUAUACAUAAGAGAAUUCAUACUGGAGAGAAACCCUACAAAUGCGAAGAAUGCGGCAAAGCCUUUAACCAGUGCUCAAACCUUUCUAUACAUAAGAGUGUUCAUACCGGGGAGAAACCCUACAAAUGUGAAGAAUGUGACAAAGCAUUUAAAUUGCGUUCAAACCUUAAAAGACAUAAGAGAAUUCAUAGUGGAGAGAAACCCUACAAAU